CACUUUAGCACUUUUCCUCAAGCAUGUCGGACACAUUUCCCUCCACUGCUUUCUGUAACGCAUAAAGACACUCAGACCAGUCUGGGGUUAGUAAACAUGGAGAACUUCCUUCAGCUCAUCUGCUGAUGCAGCAGAAUUAGUUCUGCAGCCAAACCUGUAAUUUUCCUCCUCUCGUUUUGUUCAGACGUUUGACUUGACUUGCAUGCAGAUGAUUUGGAUGUUGUUUCCAGAGUUUAGAUUAUAAAAGACAUGAAAGCAUCUGAUUUUCGCACAUCGGGUGAAGGUGAAAGGAAAAUCAGCACAAAGACGAGCCUGAAAAGUUCACAGUUUGUUCCUUUUCCUUCCGCCGGUGUUGAUGUGAAGUUGGAGCCGUCGGAUCGGGAUUGUUCAGGAGAAGCUCUGGCGUGAUUAUUUAUUCUGUCACUACUGCUCCCGUCUCCUCCCCGUCGUCUGUAUGAAUCCGAGGAGCGACGGACUCGGUCCCGGGCCGUUCACGCCGAAUGUUGAAGCGACCUUCGUUUACGUUGCGUACCAGCUGCUGCUUAACGUGCCUUUACCACAAUAUGAAGAACUCGGAUUGGACCAGAGUUUCUCCGAUUUCGCUGGCUUCUGCUAGAAGAGGAAGGAGUUUCGGCGACUUUUAAGUCGCCCUGCUGCUCGCAGGGCAGAGAGUGAAUGUUUGGGGAGUUUACUUGUGAGGUGGUUUAUUUCUGAAGACCUGCUUGACCAAAGGUGUUUGAAGGAGUCCUCGAAGCACAGAUCGAAGCGAGAGUUUAAUCGAUAUUUGAAAGUGUUCCUGCGUCCGCGGGGCGACGAUAGGGCUCAAUGGAUGUGACUUCAUUUGACCCCUGGGCAAAUAUAAUUUCUUUCAUCAUCAGUUGUCUCCUGUUUUUUAUGAAAUAAAUGUUGAGUUCAAUAAAUUUUUCACCAUUUUGGUUGAAGUUUCUUUUUGUUUUCAGAAAUUUUGUGGGCUUAUUUUGGUCCGUUUGACGGGGGUUAACUCCAGGGUAGAGUGACUGAUUAUUUUUGUUGUCCACUCAGUCCAUUGGUAACUCCUUGUUUCUUCCUGAACAUCCAAACAAGUUUCCUACUGGUAGAGGUUGACGGUUUGGUCUUCGACGAAGGCUCAAGACAUCCUAAAAAUGUUUCUUUAAAAGAUUAGAAAGGGAUCCGAAAAUCUUUUCCCAUAACCUGGACACUUCCUGAGACAUUCCCAUUGUUCUGAGGAUUGUCCGAUCCGAUGAGUGUUAAAUAAAUUAUUGUCCUAACCUUCGGCUCCAGGCAAUCACAAGAUUUACUGACAGCCUAAAUAGCUUUCCACCAAGUGGAAAGAACUAGAUCAGGGGUCUGCAAGCGCCACUGUCCUGCAGCGUUUGGAUGCAUCCCUGCUCCAACACACCUGUGUCAAAUUGUCGGCCAAUUACUCAGCUUUUGCAGAACUUACUGACAUGCCAAAGAGGUAAUUCAAUCUUUCCAUUCAGGUGUGUUGGAGCAGAGAUGCAGGACAGUAGCAGUCCAAAAGUGGAGCACUUAAAUCGUUUUUUCUGUUCCAAGCUGGAAAGAAACUGAACUACUUUUAUUCUGCAUGAUCGGAGCGUAUAAACUUAUGCACAGGCUUAUACAGUAACUGGCUACAAUUCCCUGGAGCCGCCCAGCCCAGUGUGACACACGCCGCCUCUCUGAGUCGCUACGUGCUGGAAACAGGAGCUGAUGGCAUGACUGGCAUCCGUGAUCUCAGCUGUGAUGCCCAGCUGAAGCGUUUACACGCAGGCUCGGGCCUGUGCCUCAAAUAAAGGCAUGCAAUCCAUGUUGGCUUCCGCCGAUGUCACCCAGCUGAUAUGCUGAUGAACGAGAACAAGUCGUUCAUUACGACAGCGCAGACAGAGCCUGCCAUUCUUUGCAUAACACAACCAGGCAGAUUAGAGGCGCUUCGGCGCAGAUUCGCCGCUUCCUCCCUCCCUGGAAUGGCGUUUGCUUUGAUUUAAAAAAAAAAAAAAAAAAGUUUAAAUCCCAACAACUAUCACAUGAAAAAAAGAAAAACAGCUAGCUAGUCGCUCGGUUUUGCAAACACGUAAAGAAUCAUCAUUUCUGUCUUUGUUUUGAGUGUGUUCGGUUGGAGACAACAGAGGGUGUGUUGGACCUCGGUACCAUUAUUUGAGUCAUGUUUUGUGUAAGCUAAUUAUUGCUUAUAAUGCACGAUUCAGCCAGUUGAUUGGACUCGCCUGAUGCUGUCUCUGCAGACGGACCCAGGCGGCAUUUUGUCCAGUCGUCAGGAUCCGCUGUGACCUUUUGUAGGUCAGCGUGGCAGUUUGCUGUUUCUUUUUUUUUUUUUUUUUCCCUUUCUUUCUUUUUUGUUUGAUGCCAUGGAAAUCCGACAGAGAUGAGGGCAGGAGGGGAGUGACGAUGAGGGGUUUUCCGCUGAUGUGUGCACCAGCGAUGAAGAUGAAGCGCGUAUAUUUAGAGGAGAUGGACAGAGAUGAAGAGGAAAAAGGACCAAAGCACCUUUCUGCUGCUGCUCAGCCUAAACUUGUCAAGCACAAGCCACCAUGGAAGCCGCCAUCACCACCAUCGUCUCCCAGUUUAAGGUGUACGCUGGGAAUGAGGGAUCCUCCUCCACGCUGAGCAAAGACGAGUUUCACAAACUGGUGACCUCUCAGCUUCCCAACUUCGUCAAGAACGCCAGCGACCCUGCCUCCAUCGACCAGCUCAUGAGCUCCAUAGACGAAAACAACGACGGGGAGCUGACCUUCUCCGAGUUCUGGCAGCUGAUUGGAAAACUGGCGAGCAAACAGGGAGGCUUCAGUUAGUCGACCCGACCCCGUCGGCUCGCUUAAUUCCUGCUGUAAACGGAGCGAGAGGCCAUCUGAUUUCUUUUAUCUCUCUGUGCCAGAGCCGCAUGUGUAACUGCGUAGUUAACCAUUUGUUUGAUGGGAGGAACUUUGAAUUAAAGUCUCUGUUGUUUUAAACCCUGA